GACAGCUUCCACAGCCAGUACACAUUAGCACCUCGUCGAGCACGGAACGCGAAUAACGGUAGAAGUGCUGGAAAAACUGAACAGCCAGCGGGCAGCAACGGGAUCGACAAGGCAGAAGGGGCGGAGGUGUAAUAAUUUGCACGUACAGCGUGUGUUGGUUUGAAAAGCAAUUCAAUAUUUUGGAGAUUUCCAAAUAAACAAAGCAUAUACGUGGGGCAAGAAAAACAGAGCAACCCAGAAAGAAGCUGCGAAUCUGUAGCGCAGAUGACGACAGGCAGAUCAAAAGAUUGAUUGCAGGCGGGAACGGAAAAUGUAUGUGGCAUGAGAUGGAGAAUGCAUGAAUGAGCUGGCGGACACAUAUGAUGUUAAUGCUGUGGCCAGAAGCCGUAUGGUCAACCAAUUAGUUUAUUUUGUAGGCCACAAAAGUGUAAACACAUCAACAGAAUGGAGAAUGUGCGUUUUUCCAUCAUCGAAAACGAUCUGAAAUGGCAGUCGGAGAGCGAGACGGUCGAUAUGGAUCUGCUGUUUGAUAAGCGCAGCAUCUCCAGCGAGGCCAACAGCGAUGCCGUCUUCAGCAAUGAGGCCCAUGAGAUUUUCACACGCCAGCAGCAGAGCCAGGUGCUCUGGCAGCCGCAGGAGAUCGAGGAGACGCUGUGCGCGGUGCCAAAUGGCGCGCAUAUUCUGGACAUGGUCAAAUCCGGUUGCUUUCUGGAGCUAAUGAUCGAGCCGAGCGAUUGCAACCUGGCGCUAAUAUGCUGUGCCAUCUACGGCUCCGUCGAGAAUAUCAUAUACCUGUUGACCCACUACAAUGCCGAUCCAAACACCUCUGAUAGCCGCGGUCGCACCCCGCUGCACUUUGCCUGUUGUCGCGCCAAUGCGGCCAUAGCCAAAGUUCUGCUCGAUCGUGGCUCCGAUCCCAAUCGCUGGGAGGACAAGAAGGAAGUGACGCCGCUGCAUUGCGCUGCCAGUUCGAAAAGCGUGGAGUGCAUUUUACUGCUGCUGAGACGCAAAGCGAAUAUCAACAUUGGCAUCAACAGGCGAUCGGCCCUGCACUAUGCCAUUGACGGCGAUGCGGUCGAUUGUGUGGAGACUCUGUUAAAAUAUGGCGCCGAUCCGAACACCCCGCAGGUGUACACCGAGACACCGCUGCAUACCGCCUGCGCAUCCGGAUUCACCAAAUGCGUUCAGCUGCUGCUGAAUCACAAUGCCGAUGUGCGCUCCCAGUUCGGCGAGGGCAAGGUGACGGCAUUACAUUUGGCCGCCGAGAAUGACUAUGCGGAGUGUGUGCAGCUGCUGUUGGAGCACGGCGCCGAUGUGAACUGUCGCAAUGCCAGCCAACAGACGCCGCUGCACCUGGCCUGCCUCUCCCAGUCGAUAAGCAGCGUGGAGAUUCUGCUGAAGCACGGAGCCAAUGUGAAUGCCGUCUAUCGGGACGGGCGCACCGCUCUGCAUGCCGCCAUCGUGAAGCAGUCGCGUUGCCUGGACUGCUGCAAUGCGCUCCUAAAGGCCGGCGCCGAUGUCAACAAGGCGGAUGACUAUGGAUACACGCCCCUGCAUAUUGCCGCCCUCAACGAGUUCAGCAGCUGUGUCUACAUCUUUAUAGAACAUGGCGCAGAUCUGACGGCUCGCACCGACGGGCACACAACGGCUCUGACAUUCAUUGUCCGGCGUUGUCCGGAGAUAAUACCCAAGCUAAUGUACAAGCUGGACAGCUCGAUCAAGGCCAAUGAUCACGAGAUUGGCGAUGUCGAUUGCCAAAUUAAGUUGGACUUUCAUCUGCUUGUGCCCAGUUCAUCGACGGAGAAGGGCGAGGCGGAGCUAAUGUUGAGCCUCAUCGAAGUGGGCCAGAAGCGCAUACUUAUGCAUCCGCUAUGCGAAACCUUUCUAUUCCUCAAGUGGCGCCGCAUACGCAAGUUCUUCCUCAUGAGCCUCGCCUAUCACACCUGCUUCGUGAUGCUCUUCACCCUCUACGUAAUCGGUGUCUAUGUGCGCUGUUGCAAGGAGGGCGAGACAUGCCUGGCACCCGACUAUGUGACCACCAUUGGCUACUUUGUGAUUGUCCUGAAUCUCAUGCUGCUCUGCAAGGAGCUCUUCCAAAUGGCGCACGGCCUGCACGGCUAUGCCAAGUACUGGGAAAACUGGCUGCAAUGGACCAUUGUCUUCGGUGUGCUCCUCUGUGUGACACCAGAAAUACUAUGGACCGGCGAUCUAUUGGCAGUGCCCAUGUGGCAGCAUCAUGUGGCUGCUGUGGUCAUUCUGCUGGUCUGGCUGGAGCUGAUGAUGCUGGUGGGUCGCUUUCCCAUAUUUGGCGUCUAUGUGCAAAUGUUUACCAAGGUCGCUGUCAAUUUUGGCAAGUUCCUGAUGGCAUAUAUCUGUUUGCUGAUUGCUUUUGGCUUGAGCUUCGCGGUGCUCUUCAACGACUAUCCGGCCUUCGAGAAUAUAACAUGGUCCUUCCUCAAGUCAUUCACCAUGAUGUCCGGCGAGCUGGAGUUCGAGGAUAUCUUCUAUGGCGACUAUGCGGUCAAGUUUCCAGUCACGUCUCAUAUCAUUUUUCUAGCCUUCGUGCUGCUGGUUACGGUGAUACUGACCAACCUGAUGCUGGGCCUGGCCGUCAGCGAUAUCCAGGGCCUGCAGGUGUCCGCCACGCUGGACCGACUGGUGCGACAGGCGGAGUUAAUAUCGCGCCUCGAGAGUCUCUUCUUUUCCAGGCUGCUGCGCAAUGCUCCACUUGUGGACUACUGUAAGCGCAAGGCUCUGCUGCGCACCUCGCGCGACCGCCUACAGUUCACAGUGCGUCCAAAUGAUCCGCGCGAUCGCUCCCAGCUGCCGGAGGACAUCAAGCUGAACAUAUACAAGCUGGUGGCGGAGCGACGUGAUCGUAACAUGAGCAUGCGACGGCGCCAGUUCGAGAAGAACUACCACAUGUUCAGUCGCAGUAUGCGCCAGCGCCAGCCACCGGGCUCCAGGGCGGAGUCCAAGGCGUCACCACAACGGCAACAACUCGAAACUCCGUACACGACGCAGACCCAGUAUUUCCAGGUAAACGAGCUGCUGCGUCCGCGCUCCGCUACAAAUGUGCCGCAGCAGCUGCGCCAGGAGCACGAACUGAAGCCGAACGACUGGCGUGUCGAGCUGCAAGUGCUCAAGGAUCAGGUUGCCCAGCUCACAGCCAAGUUUGAUAAAUUCACGGAGACUGCGCUGCGCAAGCUAAACUACAGCGCCAACGAACUGUGCCGCAUGAGGCAACAGCAAACGCCCACGCCGGCCUCGACAACGGAGACACUGCGUCAUCAUCGUUGA